UAAUGCUGUUGGAGGCUCGUCUUGUCUCUCAGUCGCUCGUUGGCCUCAUGAACUCGACAGUGUACGCCCCCAUCGCCAGAACUCCACCGUCUCACCCCUCUUCCCUCUUCCCUCAAAUCACGAGAUGCAAGUCCAUGGCCGACCUCAAGCAAGUCCAUGCCCACAUGAUCAAGACCGGCGAGGUGCAGGACCCUCUCGCCGCCGCCGAGAUCCUCCGCUUCUGCGCGCUCUCGGGCCGCCGCGAUCUCGGGUACGCGCGCGCGGUUUUCAGCCAGAUGCGCCGACCCAAUUGCUUUUCUUGGAACUCCAUCAUCAGAGCGCUUGCCGAGAGCGACGAUGACGCGAUGCAAUUGGAGGCUUUGGUCUUGUUCUACGAGAUGGCCCUGGAUGGCGAUGUGGAGCCCAACAGAUUCACGUUCCCUUCGGUGUUGAAGGCUUGUGCGAGGUUGGGGAGGGUGAAGGAAGGGAAGCAGGUUCAUGGGAUGGUUGCUAAGUGUGGUUUGGAUGGUGACGAGUUUGUUCUUAGUAACCUUGUUAGAAUGUAUGUGCUCUGUGGUGUCAUGGAGGAUGCUUACUUUUUGUUUGAGGAGAGAUUUGUUCGGAGUGGUGGCGUUGGAAAGAAGAUGAAUCUCAGGAGGCAAGAUGGGGAUGUGGUUUUGUGGAAUGUGAUGGUUGACGGGUAUGUUAGAAUGGGGGAUCUUAGAGCUGCUGGGGAGCUGUUUGAUAAAAUGCCUCAGAGAAGUGUCGUGUCGUGGAAUGUGAUGAUAUCUGGGUAUGCACAGCAUGGGCUUUUUAUGGAGGCUGUUGAGAUGUUCCGUGAGAUGCAGAUGGGGGAUGUUUGCGCAAACUAUGUGACAUUAGUUAGUGUUCUUCCGGCAAUUUCGCGCUUGGGGGCGCUUGAGUUGGGGAAAUGGGUCCAUCUGUAUGCAGAGAAGAACGGGAUUGAGGUUGAUGAUGUUCUUGGUUCUGCUUUGCUUGAUAUGUACUCAAAGUGUGGGAGUAUUGAGAAGGCACUUCAAGUUUUUGAGGUGCUGCCAAAAGAGAGCGCAAAAACUUGGAAUGCCAUAAUUGGAGGGCUUGCAAUUUAUGGUAGAGCGAAGGAUGCUCUUGAUUACUUUUCAAGAAUGGAGCAAUCCAGAGUAACACCAAGUGAUGUUGCCUACAUUGCUGUACUGACAGCUUGUAGCCAUGCAGGUUUAGUAGAGGAGGGUAGAUCAUUCUUCGACCAUAUGACUAAUGUAGUCGGAUUGGAGCCUAGGGUUGAGCACUAUGGUUGCAUGGUUGAUAUGUUGGGACGUGCCGCUCUAUUGGAUGAGGCUGAGGAGCUUCUACAGAACAUGCCCGUGGAACCGGAUGAUGUGAUACUAAAGGCCCUGCUAGGUGCUUGUAAGAGGCGUGGAAACAUUGAGAUGGGUGAACGGAUAGCACAACGGCUAAUGAAGUUAUCUCCUAAUGACAGUGGAUCUUAUGUGGCUCUCUCUAACAUGUUUGCUUCUCAAGGAAACUGGGAGGGAGUUUCGGACAUUAGAUUGAAGAUGAAGGAGAUGGACAUUAGAAAGGACCCUGGGUGCAGUUGGAUCGAGCUUGAUGGAGUGAUUCACGAAUUCCUAGUGGAAGACGAGACUCAUCCGAGAGCCAAAGAUAUUCAUUCGAUGUUGGAGGAAAUUACUAGCAAGUUGAGAUCAUUGGGCUAUAGCCCCAACACCUCUCAAGUCUUGCUCAAUGUCGAUGAAGAAGAAAAGGAGAGUGCAUUACACUAUCACAGCGAGAAGAUCGCCGUAGCUUUUGGGCUCAUCAGCACCUGCCCGAAGACUCCACUUCGGAUUGCCAAGAACCUACGGAUAUGCGAGGAUUGUCAUGCCGCCAUGAAACUGAUUUCGAAGGCCUACGAGCGCCUGAUUAUCGUGCGAGAUAGGAAGCGGUUUCAUCAUUUUCAGGAUGGUUUCUGCUCAUGUGGGGACUUCUGGUGAAUUCUUGAGCUUGGACAUUAUAAAAUUUUACGAGAUUGAAGUAUAGCUAUGGCCUUCUUGACAUAUUUCUGAUCCUCCGGAUGAUUGGACUGGACUUGUAUUUGACCAAAAUUGAAGUUGGAGAAUAUUGAGUUGGGCUCUGUUUCGUGCGACCAACAUAAAAGUAACAACAAAA